AACAGAUAGAUGGGCAGAUAAGAUUACAAAAAACAUCGAGAACAUUUGCUCCAUACGAAAGCAUUUAUCCGACUUGUGUGCAGCUACGCGCGCGAUGUAACGCGCACUAGUGUGUGUGUGUGUGUGUGCGCGUCGCAUGACAUGGCGCACGUAUGUAAGAUUGUGUGGGUAGCGUGUACGCGCGCGAGCGUUUGUGCAACACAUUAUCCGCCGUAUCUAAAUAUCUACGCCACCGCGAAGUGUAGUGCACCUCGUCGAUUUUGGCCGGCGCGUCGUGUCGUGUCGUACGUUUGCGAUAGCGGUUCCCAGCGUCACGACUCGCGGAAACGACCUGUUCCUGCAAACUGAGCCGUUCGCUUCUUCACGAAGUGCCAGCCGAUUAAAGGAACGUCAACGUCGGCCGCAACCUAUAUUUUUGUACUACAUGGAAGGGCCAUGUAACCUACGCUAGUGAAGUGUAGCAAAUGGAAGGUUUUAAGGUGAAAGAUGAACCGAUGGAUGCAUUAGCCAUAGACAGUCAGGUUAUGGUAAACUUUUUGAUGAGAACAUUGUGAGCGUCGUGCUUAAAGAGGAACCAGGUGACAGAUUUGAUCCCGACUACAUGGAGGAUAUUUGCUCAGGCACUUUCGAGAAGGUAUUUCUGCCUAUCGAAAACAAUGAAGUGGAUUUCUCCAAUGAAAUGGUAAAGCUAGAGUUGGAAGGAGAAUCUACUAGUCAUCAUAAUUGGACGGCACAAAUAAAUGCCAAUCUAUGCGACAAAGAAGAUAGUGUAAUGCAACGAUGUUUGGCUAACACAAAUUUUUUACAAGUGCAAGACCCUGAGAAGCAUCACGGAUUUUGUCAAAACGGGCAACAAGCAAAAUUUUAUAAAAUACAAUGCUCAAUUUGCAAGAAGUGGUUUCUGAACAAUGACUCCAUGGUGACACAUCUAAGAAUGCAUUGUAGCGGAAGUCAGUGCGAAGUUUGUCAGCAGAAUUUUCCCGAUAACUCCAGCUUACACGCUCACAUGUUGACUCACGUUGGAAUGAGCCCAUUGGAAUGCAACAUCUGUCAAAAAAGAUUCGCUUAUAAAUGGUGCUUGAGAAGCCACAUGCAACUACACGUGUUGGACAAACCAUACGAUUGCGAUGCGUUGCAGCAAGCUUUUAUGAAGCGAGCAGGUAUGAACGAUCAGAUGAUGCAUAUCGAAGAGAGACCGUUCGAAUGUGACGUAUGCCACGCGUCGUUCAAGGAGAAGAUUACUUUAAACCGGCACAUGUCCAGCCAUGUCGGAGACAGAUCCUACAAGUGUGAAAUCGCAGCGUUUAGAGAAAAAGCGAAACUGAACAUGCAUAUGCCGCUUCAUAUGGGAAAUAAACAAUUCAAAUGCACGCUAUGUCACAGAGCAUUUGCUCAAAAGACAGCACUUAACAAUCAUAUGCUGGCGCACAGCGGUGAGAAGCCACACGCGUGCAACAUUUGUGAGAAAACUUACAAGAGAAAAUCAGAAUUAAUUAGGCAUACUAUGGUUCAUACCGGUGAAAGACCGUACGAAUGUAAAGAAUGCUUGAUGACUUUUCGCGAAAAGGCCAAAUUAAAUUCCCAUAUGCUAGUUCAUACGGGGGAGAAGCCGCAUGAAUGUCACAUUUGUCACAAGGCAUGCGCACGGAAAUCAGAUUUAAAUAGCCACAUGUUGUUGCACACCGGCGGUCAAUAUGAUUGUAAAGUCUGCGAUAAGAUUUUUACCAGGAAGUCGGAUCUAAAUAGACACACGCUGAUACACACCGGUGAGAAGCCGUUCGCAUGUGAUUUAUGCGACAUGGCGUUCAGGGAAAAGACCAGAUUGAACUCGCAUAUGCUCAUACAUACAGGCGACAAGCGACACGCUUGCCACAUUUGCCACAAAACAUUCAAGGAGAAGUCAUCGUUGAGGAAACACAUGUUAAGCCACACUGGUGACAGACCAUACGAAUGCUAUGUGUGUCACAAAGCCUUCACGCAGAAGACCACGCUGACCAGCCACAUUCUUGUUCACGCCGGUGAGAGACCCUUUGAGUGCAGUUCUUGUCAAAAAAUAUUCAAAGACAAAGCAGCGUUGAAAAAACACUUAUCGAUGCACGUUAAUGAGAAAACUCACGAAUGUCUUAUCUGUAUGAAAAAAUUUGCCCAUAAGACAGCAUUAAAUAAUCACUUGUCCACGAGCCACAUAUCCUAACUACACGGAUCUAGUCCAUUACAGCUUUCUGUUUCUUUACAUUGAGCACUGUAUGUUUGUAGCUGUAUAGUAUAUUUCCAAUAAUUAUAUACCUACAUCUGUUUUAUAUGCCAAUAGGUCCGAAAGUCGUAUUUUUUCUGUGUAUGGAGAUAAUAAAUUAAUUUCUAAGUAUUACUGCCAGUCACUUUACGCUCCUACCUAAGGACGAGUGAAACCAUUAAAACGCUUAUAAUUCAUACAUUCCAACUUGAAACUGGUAUUGUUAAAUAGUACAUCUCUAAAAAUUAAUAAAUAUCUACACAAUAUGCCAUUGGCAAAAGAAACAGAAAGUAAUUUAUUAAUUACUUCGUUAAGUUGAAAAUGAUAAAGACACAUAAAAACUAUUGGAUAUAAGCAUAACAAUUAUUUAAUCCAUGUAAACAAGAGGUUUGUAUUGGUCAACUCUAUAAUUUUUUUGUAAUUGUGAGCUAGAUGUAGCCAAUUAUACCUGAAAUAAUAUGACAAGAUUCUAUAAUUUUAUGUAAACAGUACUGUAUGUCGAGUUAAAAAUUGCGAGAUCAGUUAAGAUAUAAGGUCAUAACGUGUCACUGGCUAUUUACAAUUUAUAAUAUUUAAAUUUAUUAUUGCAAAUUUUUUUAUUAAAUGCAAAGCCAGUAAAUGCAAAACCAGUCAUAAAAUUUAAUUUAUACCAGCGGUAUAUAUCAGUGAAAUUGAUUCAAUAAUUCGCUGUUCUUGAAAAUAUGAUGCAACAAGCUGAAAAAGGGAAAAUUAAUAUAUUGGAGUCCUCCAUUAAUUUCCUCUAAAUCAUAUUUUCAAACGCACCUGAUCUCAUGUCAUAUUGCCUGAGCAUUCAUAAUUGUCCCAAUUUUCCAUUCCUCGAUUAAUGACCUCCGCCUAUACUUGUGCGCAUAAUUCCAAUAAGACCCUAUUUCCUAAAUUAUACAUAAAUACAUGUGUAAAAUUUGUUCUAAGUUUCUAAACUGUCAUAUUGAAUAUAACGUAACGCAUAGCGUGAAAUAACAAAUAAGGCAAAAUUUUAUGUAAACAUUAGAAUACAUUUGAAUCCCAAGAGCCUUAUGAGAUCUAUCUAGAUGAUCAUCUCUAAUUAACGAAUCAAUGUUAUUUGGUAAACUAUAGCAAUAAGUGUUAUUCAGGAUCAGCGAUAUCUUAGAGUAUUUUGAAUCAUGACGUCAGAAGUGUGAGAAAUAGGAAUAAGUACAUACACACAAAUAAUUGUUGCGACUUGCGUGUACAAAAGUGACGUUUUAUUGACUAAACUAAUUUAUCUCGAUAUGUGAUACGAACUCGAUAAACAAUGAAUGAAUAUCAUAAUAGCUAUUAAUAGCGACAAUUUAUAUAUAAUGGUUCAGAUGGAUUUCAAAUUAUUUUAUAUUGGCAUGUAAUAUCACAUAUUAGUUAGAAAAUUACUUUAACGUUGUAAUUGUUCGGUUAGAUGUAGGUUUAACGAAGUUAAAACUACAUAAAUUGUUACUAAUUAUUAACAGCGCCAUGACUUAUCCAAUUGCGCAUUACAUAUUUGAACCAAUAAUGCCAAUAUAAACGUAAUUAAUGUAGUAAUCUUCAUGAUUCUUAUAGCACAAUGGACUCGCAAUGGAAAGCCUUAACGAAGACAACUGACCCUAUGCGUCCAAGAUAUCCUUUUAUAUAUUUCUCAGCGAGCUAUAAUUAUAUUUGCAUUGUAAAAAUA